CCGCCGAGGGGGCAGCCCCAGGCCGGGCCGGGCCCCGCGCGCUCCCGGCCGGCGCGCCCUCACCAGCUGCGCUCGGCGUUCCAGGCCUGCUCCCCAGAGGCCUAGCCGCCUCCACCGCGAGGGCGCGGGGCAGACAAAGGAGGCAGACAAAGGCGGGCGCAGCCGGGCGGCCGUGCGGGUACCGGGCGAGGCCGGCCCACUCCUCCCGGUGGAGGGAAGGAUGACCACACUCACGCGACAGGACCUCAACUUUGGCCAAGUGGUGGCCGACGUGCUCUGCGAGUUCUUGGAGGUAGCUGUGCAUCUGAUCCUAUACGUCCGCGAGGUCUACCCGGUGGGCAUCUUCCAGAAGCGCAAGAAGUACAACGUACCGGUUCAGAUGUCCUGCCACCCGGAGCUGAACCAGUAUAUCCAGGACACAUUGCAUUGCGUCAAGCCGCUCCUGGAGAAGAAUGACGUGGAGAAAGUGGUGGUGGUGAUUUUGGACAAAGAGCACCGUCCAGUGGAGAAAUUCGUCUUUGAAAUUACCCAGCCUCCCUUGCUGUCUAUCAGCUCAGAUUCCCUGCUGUCUCAUGUAGAGCAGCUGCUCCGAGCCUUCAUCCUGAAGAUCAGUGUGUGUGAUGCUGUCCUAGACCACAACCCCCCAGGCUGUACCUUCACAGUCCUGGUGCACACGAGAGAAGCUGCCACCCGCAACAUGGAGAAGAUCCAGGUCAUUAAGGACUUUCCUUGGAUUCUGGCAGAUGAGCAGGAUGUCCACAUGCAUGACCCUCGGCUGAUACCCCUGAAAACCAUGACAUCUGACAUUUUAAAGAUGCAGCUCUAUGUAGAAGAGCGAGCGCAUAAAAGCAGCUGAGGGUGUGCCGGCCACCCCAAUGAUGUCACACCUGUUGGACUUGGGGGGA